AUGGCAUCUGUCAAGCGUCCACCCAUAGCCCUGUUCGGCUACGACUCGUCACCCUUUACGCAAAAGGUCAGGCUUGCAUUGCGUCUAAUGAGAAUCCCAUACACAUAUGUACUGGUACCGAGUAUGAUGCCUCGACCGAUACUGGUCAACAACUUCAAUUUGACCUACCGUAAAAUUCCAGUACUGGCAAUAGGUAAGGAAGUCUUUGCUGAUACGAGCUUGAUCGUGGAAUGGCUGGACUCGCAUCCAGCAAUACAGGCACAUGAUAGAGACGGGACGAUAUGCAGACUCCAUGAGGAUGCGGGCACGAGGGUAUUGUCGAGGCUGUUGACUUCAUACGUUACUGAUCGGCCACUAUUCAGAUUGACAACAGGCUUGAUUCCGAGCGUGGUAUGGAGGAGUCAUUUUGGCACUGAUAGAGCUGAAUUGAUUGGCCAUAAACUGGACCCAGACAAACUGGAGGGGAAAGUGUCGUUAAACCUGGCUGGAUUGGAUACCUUUCUGAGCAUCAUUGAGCCGCUUUUCGCAGGAAUCAACAAGCAGGGCAGAUGGAUAUUGGGAGGCAAAGAACCGAGUGCGAUCGAUAUAGGAUUCUAUUACCAGCUCGACUGGGGAGAGAAGAUCAGUCGCGGUGAUGGCAUUCGCAAUCUGACUGGUGGCGAAAUCGAGGACGGCACUGGACGAGGAGCGAGCGAAGUCUUCAACCAGGAAAGAUACCCAGGAGUAUGGGACUGGUUUCAUAGAUUCGAGAAGCACGUGGAAAGUCUACCUGAUCAUGAGACACGAAUAGAGCAGAAAGACGAGCAAGGCUUGGAGGAGCUACUGAGCAAGCUCGAAGAGAGUGAGAGAAGCGACGAGGUGCCAUUGUUACCAACUCCAAACCAGCAACUGCAGCAUCUCGAGGAGCAAAAUGGUCUGAGAAUAGGUGCCAAAGCCUCUGUCCGACCAGCUGAUACAGGUCAGUGGGAUCCGACUGUAGGGACGUUGGUGGGUAUUUCACCCGAAGAAGUUGUGAUUGAGCCAGAUAAACCAGGGGUGGUAGGGAAGGAAGGUACGAAGGCACGUAUCGAAGGGAUUCGAUUGCACUUUCCUCGCAUUGAAUUUGUAGUGAGACCGGCAAAGCAGUCUGCAAGCAAACUGUAA